AUGAUUCUUCUUCUUCUUCUUACGCCUUUGUACCGCUUGAGCGGCGUCGGCGCCCCAAGUCGAUUAGCCGAGGUCCUAUCCUGAUAUCAGUGGACUGGCUCCAGUGACAUAUCCGUCCUUGUAUGAGACUGCUGGGGGUUUUGAAGUCUUGGUUUCCCACUACCAACAUUUCUCAAACCCCUUGGUUGGGUCGGGGCGGAGAUCGAACUUGUGACCCUGUGGACCGUAGACAGGCUCACAACCUGUUGCGCUACGGCGCGCCCAACAAAAUUAUUCUUCUUUUAAAUUAAUCUUUUAGCAAUGUUUUACAGAAAGUGCUGAACUGUCUUCAAAGUCGACCAGUUCGCCGGUCCCAGCAGAAGCAGCUGAAACGAAGGCUUGCAACGCUUUCAAGAGCUUCACGGCCGGAGAAGGUGAGCGUAUUUGGAAUUGGUCAAAUUUUCGUUUAGGGAUUUUUUUUAGAAAGCUUCACCGCAAAAGCACAUAAAUGCUAGAAGAAUCAAAAAUUUUUGAUACGUCGUUAAGCGUUCAUAAAACUUUCGAAAAUCAAAAAUUAAAAAGAUAUUGAUGUCUGACAAAUUCAGCCGAUGCGAUUUUUGUCAAUCACUUUUUAGUACAUCUUCUUUUUUUUCUGAUUUCAAAACCUGAUUUCUCAUUCAACUUCAUUUUCAGGCGCUGAAGUCAAAGAUGUUUCUGAAGAGUGA